CCUUGACAAAAGUCAUUGAAACAAUGGUAAAGUUGUACUUCAACUCAGAAUUGCAUGGCAUGUGGUACACAAGUAUUGCUGUUAAAUUCUCCCAGGAAAAGCUUUUCAGAAAUCUCAUUUUACUGGGAUUACCAGUUGAUCCUGAAAACACUAUGUGCUCCAAGGAGUUUGUCAACCAGCAGGGAAUGAGCAAGCAGGAAUCUCGCAAAAUUCUUCCAAUACAGUGGUUUCUUUAUGAAGUUGCACUUCACUGUUUUGCACGUGAUGGAAGCUACCGACAAAAUCGACUGAACCUCACAACAUUGUUAGUACAACCAAUUUCUGCAGUGCUUGCCAAAAAACUCGUUUCCUUACCUGAGGACACUGUCCAAAAAGAUAGGUGUAUACCCCUCCAAUGGCCACCAGCAGGAAAAAAAAUCAGCCUAAAUAUUCAGUCAGUCACAACUUACAAGACAAUUUCUAAUGUUAUUGGAUAUUUAAAAGGAGCUGUAUUUCCUGACAGAUACGUCAUAAUUGGUAGUCAUCACAACAGUUUGAAUUCUUAUAGUGGACAAGAAUGGGCCAGUAGCACUGCUAUCAUCACAGCAUUUAUACAAGCCUUGACACUGAAGGUUAAGAAAGGCUGGAGACCUGACCGGACCAUUGUUUUCUGCUCGUGGGGAGGAACGUCAUUUGGCAACAUUGGUUCAUAUGAAUGGGCAGAGGAUCUUAAGAGAGUUCUUCAAAGAAAUGUUGUUGCUUACGUUAGCCUCCAUAAUCCAGUCAGAGGCAACUCAACUUUACACCCUGUUGCAUCCCCUUCUCUUCAGCAACUGGCAGCAGAGAGCCAGAGCUUCAACUGUGCGAAAAAGACUAGAUGUCCAGGAUCUAAUGUGAGUUCUGUGCAGAUACAGGGAGAUUCAGAUUAUUUCAUCAACCAUCUCGGAGUACCUGCCACGCAGUUUUCUUAUGAGGACAUCAAGACAUCAGAGAAUUCUAGCUUUCUCUCCGAAGCUCUUUUUCCUGUACAUACAACAAAAACUGAAGAGCUGGAUCCCUCCUUCAGUCUGCACGAGACCAUUGCAAAG